AUGUUCACGGCUGACUGGGCGCUGCGGCGGGUCCUGAAGUUUGUGCUCAAGCGCAGCGUCGGGAAAUUCCUGCAGACCGACCUUGAUUUGGAGCAACUGGAUGUACAGCUCGGUACAGGCGCCGUUGAGUUGCGCAACGUCUUGCUGAAUUGCAACACCAUCAACCAGCGGCUG